AGAUCGAAGGACUUAUUCUGAGCAUUAUUUUGUCCACAUUCACAAAGGAAAUUAUAAUUUAUAAAGAGAGAAAAAACAACACAAAACAAAAACACGAAAACAAACCUGCGCAAGCAAUGAACAAAAACAGAUUCUGUGUUUUGCUGGGCAAUUUGUAACUACUGUGGACAAACAACCCCUUCUAUUUGACAGGCCAUCGUCGCUAUAAAAUCAGCGCGGAGUGGAACUGCGCAUUCCAUUUGCGCAUAACAAGUUCACGGAAAGCUCAUCUUCAUGUUAGCAUAGCAACCGCAGAGGAAAGAUCCACGGUUGAGUCAGUGAAGAGAGUGCAUUGCUACCGUAUGCACGUGUCUGUCUCCCGUGCAGCAGAUGGAACAAUCCUAGUACAUGUAAAAAAGGCGCGAAUGCUACAUUGUUUUUGUUUAUCGGAGAUGAUGUGUUGUCAGGGACUCCGUGCCUUCAAGACAUCAGUGUUAAACGUAUGGAUGGCGGCCCUAUUUGAGUGAAGCCACUGAUUAGCCAGUUUGUACUGCCAAGCAUAUUGGACUGGACACAAGCUUGACGCUGUCGUGUUUCAAUGAUGUGAAGAGGAAAUGAAAUACGCCUAUAUGUCCACUCGUGCUGUCACAGGAGUCGAUAAUGAGAUGAAGUUAUUAGGUGCUCAAACCCGAAUCGACCUUUCAUCCUUUCAUUCGAGUUUUGCACCAGUAUUCGUCUAUAUUACGCGGCUGUGAUAUCCCCACUGCAGUCGUUUUGAUGAACAAGAUAAGCAGUUCGCGGUCUCCUGAUGUACCCGUGAUUAACAACCGUCACCGCUGGCCGCGUUCCGGUGGAGAGAUACACCAACCUUCUCUCGCGGGGCACGUAGCAGUCACGUGCGGGGAUCGAAAAGUCAACACGAUACGGUCUUCGUGACUCCGGGAUGAAGACGCCUUGAGUGGUCGCGUCGAGUCUGUAACAGAGAGCAAAUCCCCCGCCCGCCCCGUCCAGCGACCCAGUUACAGCCGGCAACGAGUCGUGUCCGCAGAGCGAACAAAUUCAACCAAACGAACGUGGCCGAUUUUUGUUGAUGUAACUUCUAGCUUCAAUCAGCGCCCCAGAGCUGAUGGGAACCAUUCAUUCUUCACAGGUUGUAAUUUUAGUCUGAGAACACUGCCUACGUGUCCCUCAGUCUUAACAGGUACUGUGCUUCUAGGAAUUCGGGAUAUCUCAUCGAAGAAAAAAAAUGCCUGUCAGUCUGAAUCCGUCAGGGAAAAUUAUACGUGCACGUCUGUUGUCUGUUAUCUCCUCAAACUGAAAACAACUGAGAUUUAACGGGCUUCUGACAGUGGAAUUUGCCAUGACUGAGAAAUCAGGUAUUACUAGAAGCGACUGGAAUUAAUUGAGGAACCUUCGUGCCUGUCCAGCUUACCUUGACACGGUUAACCUGAUGCCAUCAUGCAGUGACAUCAUCAUAAUUUCAUGCCAAGAAUCGUUCAGAGCGAUACACCGCACGUCAUUCAUCAAGGGAAGUCGGUGCAUGCAUAAAAUUGACGCAGCGCAACCCGCAACAGGUACUGUACAUGUAGGCCUACAUUAUACCUUUUUGUACACACGGACACGUCCGUAUGUCCACAUCGAUGUAGAUGCAAUCAACUGCCUGGGUAUGGCUUCACAUGCGAUAUUCUCAGCGACUUGUAAGGAUACGUUCGCUUGUCACAUCUUCCCUGUUAUUUGUCUCAGGCAUACGACGAGUGACGGAGUACCAGCGAAACUUCCGAUUCAUACAGAUUUUAGUGUGGCAGUUACCUUUUCUGAUGACGAUACGGCGUGUGAAGGAUACCAUGAUGUGGGCGAAAGCUGGUGUGAGAUCAUCUUUAGAGAAACUCUCUUUUUGAUGUAAAUUCGUAGUAGCCAACUCAAGUAUGGAUGUGUACAAAGUUAGUCGUACGGAUAACACUUUUUCUUUCAAAUGAAGCCUGCGGAAUAGGAAGCUGAUAGUACGCCAACGCUGCAUGGAGACGAGGGUCUCAGAGUUAGAGCACUACCAUGGAUGUUGGGGCAUCUUACAACUCGACAGGUGACCCCUCGUCGGAGCAUGUCGCCCAAGCAGCGGUCGUCAUUGUAAUUGCAAUCCUGGUGUGCUUCUGCAGUUUCCUAACCAUCUUGGUCGUGCACAAGUUCAGGUCGGUUAGCAACCCGGAUAUCCUCAUCUUAGCCUUGGCCAUCAUCGACUUCAUCUCGUCGUUCACCGUGUUCCCGUUGACGGCGUUCUGGUAUCUCCGGACCGUUCCCUACCCUGUGGAGCUCUGUCUGGUCCAAGGAGCAUUGACCACGACCAUCCAGGUCGCCUCCACCUUGGUGGUGUCCCUAAUGACGGUCGACCGUUUCCUCGCGAUCAGGCGACCGAUCUUAUACCGGACCCGUUUAGGGAGUCCCCAACUGAAAAGGUUAGUCGCAAUUUUGGUCAUCGUCUCAGCCGUGAUAGGAUGCCUUCCUGCGGCAUUAAGCUCCACAAAUUGGACCACCAUAACAAAUCGACACGGCUACUGUACAUUCCAGUACUCAAGCAACUUCACCUUCGUGAUUUUAGCAGUAAGCCUGCCCCAGAUCCCCCUUCUCGUCUACUGCUACUACGGCUUCUUGGUGUCCAUUCGGAAAUUCAUCCAGCGGCGACAGCCGCAGUCUGUGCCCGUGCCUAGCCCUGCCAGCAGCAGUGCGUCCUCCUCCGAGGUGGGACGGAGGAAUAACGCCGCUCGUCCGACGGUAUCGACGUCGACCACCACCGACCGCCUGGAGACCUGGACGGCCCGUUGCCGGAUCUACUGCUGCUGUUGCUGCUGCAGCUCUUGCUGGGUCAAACAGACCAAGCCCGCCUCUAGAGAGGAGAUGGUGGAGCGGACGCAGACAAUGAUGAAAAACCUGAAUCUGAAGAGAUGUACCAGAAUGUCCAAGACAGUGGCUCUCGUGGUUGUCAUCUACUACACUCCUUGGCUCUUAACUCUGAUCACAAUGUUGAUUGAGUUAAUCACUGGAGUGGACAACUACAACUCAACACUGAGCCUGGUCACGGUCCGCCUCAUGAUGGCGCACUCCAUCUUUUACCCGCUGGUCUACGCAGCACUCUGCGGCAACUACCGCCAGGCGUAUAAGUGGGCGCUCAGCUUGCCUUUCCACCCGUGUGGACUUGAGUGGCACGAACGCCCUCCAUUGGGUCUUUCAGUGAGCGAGAUGCACCGUAUCUCACAUCAGAUGGCACUGGAGGAAUGGGAGAGUCCAGGUCUGAACAGGCGACUGUACAGCAAGCGCCCUCACCUCAAACGGUCCGCUACAGACAGCUUGAAGGGCGCCCCCAAUGCUGAGAGCAACACAGGGCAGGACAACCCUGCCUUCGACGGGAACGAUGCCACGAGCUCGGACCAGGCGGCGGAGGACGGACCAGUCAGGGUCGAGAUUGUCCACGAGGACGCGCCCGGCGACGCCUCCGCCGCCAAAGCCGCGCCGUCCCUGAGCGUGCACCGGGCCGCUUCUGUUGGAAGCCCCUCUCUACCGACAAGAUUGCGCAUGCGCGAGGACAAGAACCCAGGUGCCUGCACCCCAAGGCGACCUCUCGAGAACCAGACUUCAGACAGCGGAGUUGACGUGGAUUCCAUACAACUGGAUAGCGCCCCCAGCGGUAGCAACAGUCCGGCCGUUAUUCGGCUGCAGACGGUCGAGUCAGAAUCGUCCACCUCGGUGUCCGAUGCGGCGGAGCAUUUAACACGCGGCGAUGAUGCAUGUAGCAAAGAGACGAGUUUCAUACUCGUGCCCAGCCACCAAGACAGCACCAAUGCGGUGCAAGACACUAGUACAGCCGAACAUUCUUGUGAAUUGCUCAACUCCAGGUACGCAAAAGGUGUCAGACUAGACGCUGAAACAAACGACGCGACAAAAGAUGCCGCAAGAGUGGAAGAACAGGAUAUUUCGAAUAGAAACGGCGGUGCGACAGUAACCGAUGAUGCGACGUCAAAAACUGAAAAGCUGGAGUCAUUGUCUAAGGGAUACAGCCUUAAAGAGUCACUGCCGGGUAGGAAUAGUGUUCUGAGGGUCGAGCCAUGCUCGGUAAUCGAGCAUUGCAACGGAAUGGUGCGAAUACACGUCGAGGUGGUAGAACUCCGGCCAGACUCUCCCCCGCUUGCCCACGAUACAUGUACUUUACAGAGCAGCACAAAGCAAUGCCACAUCAAAUCAGCCAAUCAGAAGACGUCCCUCAAGUUCUGCAUGCAGAAGAAUCGAUUCGUUCCCUGCACGUCGAGUUUCGAGGAGACUGAUUCCUACUCGUUUUGUUUCGACGGUGAGAGCGGUGAGACCACCGACGAGGCUGUGUCGGUACCGCAGCUGAACCUCCCAGAGGUGGACGACAGCGCACAGUGUGGCGUGACGAUAGAUGCCGGCACUGACAAGGAGAUGACGACACCUCACAUUGACGGCGACGGAAGUCGACUCAGUGACGACCCUCCCGCCAAAGGCUUUAAAAACCGCCGCAUGAGGGCCAGCCGAGCGCUCCGGGAGAGCGCCCGCUACAACGACGACAUUGUCCGCUACGGUGAAAUGAUGAUGCGCAGGCAAAAGGCGGGAAAAGAUGAAAUCCCCAAACCGGAGUCUCUGAGAUCACUUCUGAAUCCGGAAGGAUCUCUGGCGACUGUGACGGAUCACAUUGACCUUUGAACUUCUGAGCACUGAUCAGUUCGGUCUUAAGUGGCGAAUUCGUAACUUGAUAAAAUUUCACAGACAAACAUUCCAUUUUGAUAAAAUAUUUUAUAAAGAUUUUCAGGCAUUUGCUUGGAAUUCAGUAUCUUGUGUAUCGAUAUUAUUUUUACGUCUCUAGAUUGAAUUAGCUUUUCAUUUGUGCACCUUUUGAAUCUGAAAUGUUAUUUGAAAAUGUUCACACGCAAAUGAGGACAUUCUGUAAAGUUUUACUCAGUUCAAAUAGUUUUGUGAUAAAAGUAACCAAACAAGCAAUCAAAAAGAAAUUUAUGUCCCUUUCCAUCACUACUAUUGUUUUUAUUCGAUGCAAAAUCUUAUUAGCUGUCAAUUUGUUUGUGGUAUUUUCAGCUGAAAACCCCCUUUUCGUGCUUUUAUGCUAUUGUCUCUAGUACUGCUGGAACAAUAUCGCCAUGCAUGGACAGCGCGUGUAGAAGGAGAUUCAAAUCACUGGAAAGGAGUGGCUGGAAUCGGGGCUGUUCGUCCCGCUCUCGUAAUAAACUUUAUUAUAGCCAACACAUCCAGUCAGUUUCUUGGGCACAACUGCUUCAUGGCCAGUGUUUUAGCAACAUGCUAAGGAUUUUCUGUUUUGUGGCUGUGGAUUUUAUUUCAAAACUACUGGAGACCAAAGCAAUGCUUUUGAUAUCGUUGUUAAUGUUGAGAAUAAAUAUUUAUGGCACCGAACAUCCAUGCAAAAUAUUUCCAUUUUACGUCUUAUAUCAGAUGUUUUAAACACGUAAUAUGGCCAAUUAAUUUAGCUGCAUUGCGCGUGUGCACAGGUAAGAAGCAACGGCCAUUGGUCAUGGUGCAAACUCUGUCAUUGGCCGUCACGUACCGAAAGUGCAAAGAAAGCUUGUACGUUAGUUUGAGAUUUUUCGUAUUUGUCAACACUUAUCUUAGGGGGCACAUGCAUGUGCAUUGCUGGGAUCUGGUUUUUUUUUGGGGGGGGGUGGCGAACCACAUUUGUCAGGGCUAAAAAUCCUAAGGGCGAGAAAAACACUCGGCAGCUAAUAAAAUGAUAAACAAUAAACAGCUG